UCUAAAAAAAUAAAAAUAAAAAAAAUGCAAGUACAAGUGCUUUCACUUGAUGGAACAACUCAAGUUUAUUCCGUAUAAGCUGAAUAAAGCAUCCAAGAAUUAAAAUACCAAAUUAGCAAAUAAUUCGGAUUAGAUGAAGGAAUGCUUACUUUAGUAUAGAAUGGAUGUGCUUAGGGAAAUAAUGAGAAAGUAGCUGAUGAUUCUACUUAUUAUUUAUCAUUGAAAUUAUUAGGAGGUAAGAAGAAAAAGAAAAAAAAUCCUAUUCUAGUAAGAAAAAAUCUAUCCAUAAACAUAAGUCAACAAAAUGUGGGGCUUUAAAUUAUUAUAAUGUAGAUGGAUCAGGAAAAGUUACAUUGAGAUAAAAGAACUGUCCUAAAUGUGGGCCUGGAAUUUUCAUGGCGAAACAUUAUGAUAGACAUUAUUGUGGAAAAUGUCACCUCACUCUUAAAAUCGAUGCUGAAACUGCCAGAAAAAAUCUCGAAGAAUUAAAAAAAAGACAAGAAGCGAAAAAUGUUGGUGCAGGAGAAGCAGGAGAUAAAGCUGGUGGUGCUGGUAAGAAAGAUGCUAAGAAAGCUAAGAAGAAAAAAUGAAGAAUAGAAUUAUUUUUUUUAUUUAAAUAUUUUUUU